AUGGCCGACAAGAACCAUCCCAACAUUGUGCGACUGCUUGGGUUUGCGGUGGGAGGGGACGUCAGGUCUCAGAUAGAGCAAGUCCUCAUCUACGAGUUUGUGCCCAAUGCUGGGGAGACCAAGCACAUCGUGGUGUGGGUAUCCGAGUGCCUGUCAUCGGGUGGUUUAGAAAGCCUCAAGCACCCCACCAUGGACGCCCCUGGGGAUGUUGUGCAGCGCUUGGCUGAGCUGGCAGUGAGCUGCACCGUGGAGCGCACUGCAAGCCGCCCAAGCAUGGCGCACAUUGCCACCCAGCUGCAGGCUGACAGGGAGGAGGUGUUGGGGAAAGAGGAAUCUGGCGCUGCCAUCAAGGUGGAUGCGCAGGUCCAGGAGAUGAAGGAUGCUGUUGCGGUCCUCAACUGGAGAAAGAGAAGGCCUGUGGGUGGAAGGAGUGGAAUCAGUCCUGACAGUGGGGGGGACGGGGGAGAGAGUGAGGAAAGGGGAAGGGGGAAGCGAGGGGAGGUGGGGGAGGAGGGGGUGAAGAGGGAUAGCAGGGAGUGGAAUGGCUUGCACUGUGGGUGGGUGGAGGAGGAGGAGGAAGAGGAGGAGGAGGAGGAGGAGGAGGAGGAGGAAGAGGAGGAGGAGGAGGAGGAGGAGGAGGAGGAGGAGGAGGAGGAGGAGGAGGACGAGGAGCUAGGCAAAAGGAAGGGGGCAGGGAGUGCAGCUAGGAAUGGGGGCCUCAGCGCCACCGCCGCCACCUCGGCGGCUGCCAUAGCGGGUCCGAAUAUGGCUGCCUACGUCCCUGCGCGCGCCGACGCUGUUCCCCCCGCCUGUUCUGGCUCCCAGAGCUGCCCCCCCUUCCGACUCCGGCUCUCAAAGAUGCCCCCUUUUGUGGCGGAGACGAGCGCCGGAGAGAAUCCCACCGUGUUGACUGCGCCUGGCUGCGACCCACCUCCAAGAUGGGCCACAGCGAGGGAGAUGUUGAGGGCCGCCGAGGCGAAGGGCUACAGCACUCGCCGGGCAGCCGUGGGGCCUACCCGCAGCAGCCACUCACGGGUCGUAUCGUACUGGAUUGGACAACACUUCCUUGACACCGCGUUCAACUCAACGUCGCCCACCUCAUCAGCACCACAGGUGUUUGUUCGCCAGGGGGAUGCCAUGCCGUGGGCUGGGCCCCCUCUCCUGUUCGCUGCCGCCAUCCACCCCGCGCUCAAAGCAGUGGCCGCCUCCCACCCUACUGUCGUCAUCCUGGCUGGCACUCAGGCGGGAGGCGGCGAGCCACUGCUUUGA